AUGGUCAUCGCCAUCCCACCGGUCGUAAUCGGCCCAACCCAGAAAAAGCGAACCAAAGCCACAAAGCAACUCCCCCAAUCCCUAAUCGACACAACCAAAAAUGUCUCCAAAGUCCAGCGCUUUGAUCCUGAGAGGCAUAUCAACUUCACAGAUCCCGAGAAGGUCUAUAGCAUGAAGGAGAUUGGACGCGAGGGAGCUGGCAUAUCACCCGUUGCUCUAACAACACCUUUUUCCUUGUUCACUCAAGAGGCUAUUGAGCAGAUAAGAGCGGAGUUGUUCACGCCCGAGAUUUUGGAGAAUCAUCAUGUUACGUCGGAUUUUGCUUCGAAUAUGCUUAGGGGUUAUGGCGCAAGAAAUGCGCCAUUCAUUCACUCUGUUUGGAAUAACCCCAAGGUGCUCGAGAUCCUAUCCAAGCUUGCUGGGGUAGAACUUGUCCCUAUCUAUGAAUAUGAUACUGGCCAUACCAACGUCUCCAUCGACGAUAGUAAGACCACGGCCACUAAUGGGGAGGAUAAAGAUGAAACGGCAUUUGCAUGGCACUACGACAGUGUCCCAUUCGUCUGCGUCACCAUGUUAUCCGAUUGUACGGGCAUGGUGGGCGGCGAAACAGCCGUUCGACUGGGGGAAGAUAAAGUGAUGAAGGUCCGUGGACCAACACAAGGCUGUGCCGUCAUAAUGCAAGGCCGCUACAUCGAACACCAAGCUCUCAAGGCUCGUGGUGGUGCUGAGCGAAUCACAAUGAUAACAUCCUUCCGCCCCAAAUCAGCACUGAUCAAAGACGAGACGAUCCUCGUUGGCAUGAGACCUAUAAGUCAUCUCCCAGAGCUUUAUCUACAGUACAGUGAAUAUAGGCUAGAAAUUUUGGAGGAACGAAUUCGAGAUCAACUCAGAAAGGUGAGGGAGAGGAAGCGGGCAUCGUUGGAGUUUGAUACGAAAGGAGUGAAGGAGUUUUUGAGGGAGCAGAGGGAGUAUAUUGAUACGACGAUUGGGGAAAUGGUUGAGCUGGAUUGA